AUGGGUAUCUCAAAAUUCAAAAUCACAAAAACUCAACGCCAGCAGCCAAUUGCACUCUGCACCAUUCAAAGUAGUCCCGACACAAGUAACACUCCAAAAAUCACUGAUACCAAAGGGUAUUUCAUGGUUGCCCCCCUUUGCACCGCUCCUGAUUUGUAUUCCGUGCUGCUGCCAUGCAUCACACCCUCGGCAUUCAAGCAGUACAUGACCCUCUUCGUCUCCGCCGAAGAGGACGACCGACAAACCGCAGUGCAAGGAUCAGGGUCUUCGUAA